GAGGGGGGUAGAGUCAGUUCCAAAUGUUGCCAUCCAAGUCACUGUUUUCCCCUGCAAAAAAAACUAGAAACCAACUCAUUGUUCAGAGUUUUAGAGAGAGAAACUGACAGACUUAUAGAGAGAGAAAACUCAACGAACGUGAUUGCGAUGGAGUGUUUAUCACCCCUCCUCAUUAAUGACAUUUACUCCUUUGCCACCUCCCACCUCCAUUACCACAUUCUUCUUCGAAAGCUCACUCACCAAUACUACAGAUAUCUUUGUUCUAGGGUUAGGGUUUUUUUAUAUGCUUGAAAGUCUUCGAGAUUCCGUAAUCCUCGCCCUGUUUUCAAAAUUCGUGUCCGAGACCUUCCUUCCUUCAGAUCGUCCCCAGGUGAAGAAGGGAAUGUGGGUUUUCUUUUCAACCUUUAUCGCUGUUGUUCUCUGA